UAAAAUAUUAAUAUUUUGGAGAAUCUUAGAGAGUCAUAGAGCUAAAACAAACCCUCUGGCCAGCCCUCGGUUGGAGAUAGCCUACCCAGUCAUGAGAAGCUCGAGGGAAGCACACUCUACAAGGGAAAUGAGUUACUUACAACACAAGCGAAGCCGCAGGAGAAAAACAAGAGAUUGGGUUGCUGAUAUAGCUCCAGCAUUUGUUUUGUGAUUCGGGCUAAUUUCUCCAAACCAGAGGAAUCGGAAUCCCAUUCCUUUUCCCAGUCUCCUCUAUCAGACAAACAACACCAACCUUUCUCUCUCUCCCUCUCUCUCUCCCGCCGUAUCCCCACCAAACUCUACCUUCAAGCAAGCUCCAUAUCUCUGCUAAUCCAAAUUAUCCAAAACAUAAUCCCAUCGGAUUAGGCCUCUCAAAGUCGCUUAAAUUUGAAUUAAGGAUCAUGGGGUUUAGGCAUAAUCCUUACUUAAGCUUAAAGCUCAGAACUUUCACUCCCAUAAUACAGAGUUGAAGAAAGUAGCUUACUUUUUUCAGGUAUGGAGUUUCAGGAAGCUAUGUUGAAGCUGAUGGUCCACAAAUCAAAAGAGAACGAAUGGGCUUUCGCCACGCCGGAAAGAGCGGCGGAGAUGAGCGGUGCAAGCCCGAGUUCCCGGCGAAAAUGGAAGCUUUUUCAGAGGUCGUCGUCGGCAAUUCCGUCGAAAACUUCAAAGCCGCAAGCUCCCAGAGAGUUCCUCUGUCCAAUCUCCGGCUCUCUGAUGGCGGACCCGGUCAUCGUCUCCUCCGGCCACACCUUCGAGCGCGCCUGCAUCCAAGCCUGCAAGUCCCUCAGCUUCACGCCCGCUCUCCCGGACUCUCCGCCGCCCGAUUUCUCCUCCGUAAUCUCCAACCUCUCUCUCAAAUCUGCAAUUCUCAGUUGGUGCCGGAAGUCCUCGGUCGAUCCUCCCAAGCCCCUCGAUGUCGCCUCCGCCGAGAAGCUCGUCCGCGCCUCCAUUGCUUCCCGGAACGAAACCAAGCUCCAAAAUGGCGUAGUUUUGGAGAAUCGGUUGCUGAUCAACGGUGUUAAGGAUACCCCUACUGUGAAUUUCGUCCACGCGGCCACCGAUCUGACUCGGCGCCCGACUCACUUCCACUCGAGCUCCGACGAAUCGGUCACCGCGGCUCCGCCUCUCCCGUUCUCAACUCAGCCGAGUUGCUACUCAUCUCCGUCGUCUUCCUUCUCGGAAAACGAAAUCCUAACCGUUAACGGCAACAGUAAUCCCUCCCGCUCUGUAGAAGAAGACGAAAUCUCGAUCAAGCUCAGAAGCUGCCACGUGUUCGAAAUCGAGGAGGCCCUGGCUUCGCUGAGGAAGAUCACGCGGACCAGAGAGGACGCCCGGGCCCGACUCUGCACCCCACGGUUGCUCUCCGGCCUCCGCCCUCUGAUUAUAUCCAGGUACACCGCCGUUCAGGUGGAUUCCGUCGCAGCGUUGGUCAACCUGUCGCUGGAAAAGUCAAACAAGAUUAAGAUCGUACGGUCAGGAGUCCUCCCUCCUCUGAUCGACGUGCUCAAGACAGGAUCCCGUGAGGCGCAGGAACACGCUUCCAGUGCGUUGUUCAGCUUAGCACUUGAUGACGACUGCAAGACCGCGAUUGGCGCAUUGGGCGCGUUGCCGCCUUUGCUGCACUUACUCCGGUCCGAGAGCGAGCGGACGCGGCAUGACUCGGCACUCGCAUUGUACCACCUCUCACUAGUUCAGAGCAACCGGUCCAAGUUGGUUAAGCUCGGGUCGGUUCCGGUUCUGUUGAGAAUGGUAAAGUCGGGCCACAUGACGGGUCGGGUAUUGCUCAUAUUGUGUAAUUUGAGUUUGUGUGCGAACGGGCGGGCCGCAUUGUUGGAUUCGGGUGGGGUGGAGUGUUUGGUGGGUGUGUUAAGGGGAAACGAGUUUGACUCGAAGGCGACUCAAGAGAGUUGUGUGGCCACAUUGUAUGGGCUGAGUUACGGCGGUUUGAGGUUCAAAGGGUUGGCGAAGACGGCGGGGGUGGUGGAGGCGUUGAGAGAGGUGGAGAAAAAGGGAAGCGAACGGGCGAGGGAGAAAGCGAGGAGAAUGUUGGAGAUGAUGAGAGGGAAAGAGAAGGAAGAAGAAGAAGAAGUGGACUGGGAGGAAUUGCUCGACUCGGGGUUUGGGAGUCGAACUCGGUGUCAACUCGGUGGUGGGUUAGAAGGGUUGAGUGCCAACUCAUCUGAAUUUUGAGUACAUAAUUUGACGGUUUUUUUAUAUAAAAGUUUUUCGGUAUUAUAAUU